CACACACACACACACUGAGGCACCACCCGCAUACACUUCCUCUCAGAGUCAGAGCAGCAGUACCAGGAGCUUCUGUGGAGCAUCCAGUCAAGCACGCUUUCAUCAACCCCACACUGGACCAAAACGAAAAGGGGCCGAAAUAAAGAAUGAGGGUGAUUUUUUUCUCUUUGGGUGUCCUUCUUCUGAUUGGGACAGCUGAAGGAGGAGCAUUUUCCAUCACAGCACAAAAAGACAAAGAAGGAGUAAAGCUUACAUGUACGAAAGGGAAUCAUUGGAAACAUAAUGGGGUCUAUUAUAAUGACACGGCAACUAUAAGUCUCGAAUAUCAGGAUGACAAAUCUGGGGAAUACGAAUGUUUUAGUACCCCUGUUGAUGAUGAUGAUGUUGCGGCAGACAGCCUGGGAACAUAUCAUGUUAGAUUCCGAACUUGUGAUAGCUGCAUUCAGCUGGAUGCACCUGCCCUGGCAGGGAUCGUCGUUGGCAACGUUGUGGCCACUGUCCUCAUCGGAGUCGCUGUGUACUUCAUCUCCACACAGUCCAAAGGCUCGAGCCUCCCGAGCAACAAAGCAUCUAAAGAAUCUGAUCGAAGGAACCUGAUCUCGAAUGAUCAAACUUAUCAGCCACUCGGCCCUCAUGGACGAGAUGAUUAUGAUGUGCUCCACACAAGGAGAAGAUGAGCCCUCGGUUCCCUCAACCAAACAUUGUCAACGCAGAAGAAAGGACAAACAAUAUAAUUUAUCCUCUGGAGUCAAUCUCACUGAACACCAACAAUCCACAUACACCGUGUAUGAAAAGUCUCUCUGUCCGCCGGGGUACAUUAGCCUACUUUCUCUUUCAUGGAAAAUUCAAGCGAUAUUUGAUAUGUACAUACAUAUUCAAAGGCCAUUCUCUUGGUCAUUUCUCAAUGCUUCCAAUAAGGUAUAUCUUGCAAUCUUGCAGUCUAAUGAAUUGACUGUUUUCCUCAUAAUAACUGAGUGAAACAACAUUUCCAUGAUGCAUUUAUUCUAUCUAUUCCAUCUGCAUUUAUUAAUUUAGCUGUUAAGUUGCAAGAGUGCCGAGCGCCUUUAUUCUGUUGUUCCGCACAUAUCUUCAUGUUCUGUAUGGCUGUAUUUCAACUGUAGUAAAUUACAGGAGUGCAUUUACACUGUAUAUUGUCAGUAACUGCAACAGCAACAUAUUGUUCAACACAAAUUCAUAUUUGUAACAGUGUGGGAUCCAAUUUACUGCCUAUGAAUUGACUGUUUUUCUCAUAAUAACUGAAUGAAACGGUGUUUCCGUGCUGAAUUUAUUCUGUCUGUUCCGUCUACAUUUAUUAAUUUUGCUGUAUGUUAAGUUGCAUGUGUGCAGCACAUAUUUACAUGUUUUGUAUGGCUGCAUUUCAAAUGUAUUAAGUUACAAGAGUGCAGAGUGCAUUUAUACUGUUGUACAACACAUAUUGUCAUUGUUUUGUAUUAACGGUGCAUAGGUACUGUCUAAUACUUAAUUUAUUGAUGAGUAAAAUGUACUUUUAAUUGCAUGGCAUUACACAUGAGAUCUUUUAGAUUUUCUAAGCUGUGUUAUAACAUAAUGUUAUCUAAAAACGAACGUCAUUCAUUCAUUAUGUUUAUUUUUUUUAUAAAGACACAUACAUGUAUCAGAGUUCUAUAGCUUAGAUUUAGUAGCUUUUAUGAAUUCUUUGCAAAUAUGACUUGCCUGUUAAAAGUUGAUGGCUUGCAAAAUGGAAGGGAAAAUUGUGGCCCAAGAUUUACGUAAUUGGAUUUACAAUUGGAGACAUUUCUACCCGCCUGUUGAGUUACAUGGGUUACAUCCAAUAAUGUGUCAUGUCUUCCCUUAGAUUACUCAAUACAUUGGAGCUGUCUCGCUUUUCUCUCAAUGUAAAGGAAUGUUGUGUAAUGACAUUCUUGAAUAUUUUCCUGCAGUUGUGUCUUCUAUGGAACUUUGUUCACGUCACUGUUUAAUGUGUGUGUCAGAUUUGCUCUUGGAGAAUUAAAGUCAUUUAGCUCA